UGUUUGUCGCGGUUCACUGACUUAUUUCAUCAUUUGAAGCCCUGCCUUAUCUGAACUUUAAAAGCAAGGACAAGACGAAAGCACAUGACAACAUUGGUUCUAAGUUAUUUUGGAAUCACAAGAUGUAGUUUUAAUAUAAUUAUUCAUGAGGGGAUGACGCUCACUGAUGGACGAGAUUUGAUUUUGAGAGUGUCACCGUAAAUGUUAGCUCUUGGGGGACCUUAGAGAACAUUGCUGUCGCAGGUGCACAGAAGAGAUGAUCCAGAGAAAUAUUCCUUUCGGGAGUAGGAACUACUUUCCUGCCGUGUAAAAACUGUGUUUUUAAAAAUUCAAUUUCGAUAUGGAAGAGGAAAGAGAAACAGUUGUGUCGAAGAAGGCAAACCCCGCUCAGGGCUCUUCUACAGCUAAGAGAUCUUGCUGCACUUUUGAGCCUGAUCUUCUACCUUUUAAAUUGUUUUACUUUGCCUUCUUUGGUGCUAUAGGAGCUGUGUUUCCAUUUAUGUCGUUAUAUCUGAAGCAACUAGGGUUUAGCCCUCGGGAGAUAGGCUUAUUCGCGGGGGUGAGGCCCAUUUUGGGUUUCUGUAGUGGCCCUUUAUGGGGAUCAUGCGCGGACAGAUGGCGCAUGCGUAAAUAUCUCCUUGUAAUCAGUACAGUGGGGUGGGUAGCUUUUAUCAUGGGUAUAGGGUUUGUUACACCGCCUCGAAAAGUUGAAGACAAAUGUCAAAGUGUUGGACUUAACCAGUCCGAAAACAUGCCUGUUGCAAGAAACCGUGUGCUAACCAUUGAGGAGGCUUUACCGGAUUCCUAUGCCAAACUUCUAGAAAACAGAGGUUGGAUGUUUGACAAGGAAGAUUUACACAGAGCAUUUAUAAUUGUCUUUGUGUUGAUUGUUUUUGGAGAAUUAGUACAGUCUCCCACAUCAUCCUUGGCAGAUUCAGGCUGCUUGGAGCACCUUGGGCGAGAAAAUAUGGACAAAUAUGGCUGCCAAAGAAGCUGGGGUUCUCUGGGUUUUGGAGCGCUCUCCAUCCUGGCAGGGGGUGUGGUGGCCCUAGAGAGGUACACCGUUGUAAUCUGUGGGGUCAGCAUUCAAAUGAGUGACUACAGGAUAUGUUUCUACUUCUUCGCUGGCUCCAUGGUCUUCACAAUGGUCGCUGCACUGAUGUAUAAGUUCCCAAAACAAGAGGAGGAUAAAACCAAUGGAAAGCCAAUCCCGGCCGUGAUGGGGACAUUCAAGCUGUUUUGUUCCCCCCACUACGCCUCUUGGCUGUUUGUCGCCUUCUUCAUGGGCGUCUCCAAUGGUGUUAUAUGGGGUUUCCUGUAUUGGCAUCUAGAAAAUCUAGGAGCCAGUCAAUUCCUAGUUGGUCUUGGAUCGGUCAUAAGCUGUUCGUCCGAGGCUAUGAUGUUUUUUGGGAUAUUUUAUAUAUUUAGACAUUUUUCCCACGCCACACUCAUGGCGGUUGGGUUGGUGGGAUAUAUAUUUAGAUUUUGUGUUUUUGCAUCCGUUACAAACCCUUGGCUUGUUUUGCCCGUGGAGGUUUUUCAAGGUUUUACGUCUGCGGGGGUUUGGAGCGCUCUGACCGCCUAUAUGUGCGCCGUUGUACCCCCGGACAACCUGGCCACCAUGCAGGGCAUACUCCACGGGGUGUACUGGGGGCUGGGUUCCGGAUGCGGAAGUUUGAUCGGGGGAUUCCUGGUCCAAAAGUUUGGGGCUCCCAUGACGUUUUGGAUAUUUGCCGGUGCAUCAGCGGUUAAUUUAUUUAUAUUUGUUAUAGCACAAAAGUUCACCAAAGGCCAUGUUGAUGCCAAUGAAUACGAAGAAAUCAUAUCUUUUAACCCAAAGAAGACAGGAGAUGAAAUACCCGUGGAUAAGUUACAUUAACACCGUCUGUUUGUUUACACAUGAUGUAGGAUAAGUUAUCAAAUGUACCCUAUGCUGCAAUGUCGCUUUUCACUCCAAUAUUCAGUUUAAGAUAAUGUUUUGGUAAGAGAUAUGAGCUUUAAUUUUAGUGUCGGAAAUUUUUACAGUAUAAUUUUUAUUUAUUAUCAAUUUACCAAAAAACAUGCUUUUUUCAUAUGACUGUUAAAUUUUGGGAUAUGGUUUCAUUCAGAGCUUUCUACAUUAACUGUAGCAAUCAAAUUUCCAUUCAGCAACAAGAAAGCAAAUUAAACAUGAAUGUUGACUGAUAUAUGUACACAAUAUUAAAUUAAUAAAGAUCUGAGAUUUUCAUGUAUCAAAAAUUUUAUUGCAAAAGUGUAAUGUGAGACUUUAUUGACAAAAAAUAUUAUUAUACCUCAAUAUAUGAUUGUUCUAUGUAACGCGACAUCUGAUUGGUUCUAGACAAUCACGUGACCAGGCGACAAAAUGUUGUGUCUCCCGGGGAAUAAAAUAUCAUGUCUCACCUCUUCGGAAAUCUCGGGUUUUUUCAUUUCAAAGGUAUGAAAUGAGCAUACGAUGUUGACACAUAUGAUGAAAUCAAAAAUAUUUAAUCAUUUAAAUUCUCUUUAUGCUACAAAAACUAAUUUUACUACAUUUGAUUCGAAUUUUUGAAAACAAAGAUAAACAAUCAGAAAAACCCCCCAAAAAUCACGACGUUAUUGAUUUCGACAAGUCGAAAAAUUAUUAAAAUCGACGUAUGUUGUAUAAUCAUUUGUUGUUCGGUAUAAUACAACUUUUAUUGCAUGAUUGUUCAGGAUAUAUGAAGAUUUAUUCCCCCAGAAAAAUUAUAUUUCCCUCAGGAAAUAUGAUUUUUCUUGGGGGAAUAAAUUUUCACAUUUCCCUCAUCAUCAUGCAAUAAAUGUAUAUUAUAGUUUAUUAAAGUUUGUUAGUCAUAAUGUGUGUGUAGAUGAAGCCCUUUUUAGGCUCUAAAAGUAGCACAAUCUUGUAAUUGUCUUUACACUCCACAGAACAUCCAUCUUUCUUCUGAUAAAAUUCAAUGGUUUGUUUUAUGCUUAUUUAUCAUAAAAGGUUAUUUUUCAAGCAAAAUUAUCUUAAUAUGAAAAUUCUUACACCUUAAAUUAGCUUAUACUGAGUAUUGCUUUAACAACUGGUCGGUUUCUAAAGUCUUCCCAAAAUUGGUAAACAAAUAAUGAUUAUAAACUUGUAAUUUUCUAUUUCUAUAUACUUAAUACUUCAUAUGUCACAGUUUAAAAUAUCAUAGUUAUGCUUGCAGGAUUUUAUCAUUUUUCUGCGUUAUCCCCCCCCCCCAAAAAAAACCCGAAAAUUUAUAAAUUUGAUUAAUCUAACAACGACCAAUAUAUGAACGGACAAAAUAUGUCGCGUCUUAACGUAUCAUAUUAGGUGGAUUGUUGUAACUUUAACUUCAGGUCAUUGCAAAAUGGAUAAUGUCGAUUAAGUCAUUACUUUAUUUUUGUCUUUCCUCUGAAAAACUAGUAUUGAGUUCUCUUGUCUGUAUCCGGAAAGUUUUUUUAGAAUGAAGAUUUUUAUUACAUAAUAGUUAAUUUGUCAGAUUUGUCAUUCCAUGGUAAUUUCCUUUCAAAAUGUAAUAGAAUUAAUCCUAAUCUAUUCUCGGUUAUGUUGAAUAGUACAUGUAAGCUCAUUUCGUUUAAUUUGAGUAUCUCCUUGACAAUGAAAAAAGGUUCUGGAGAUUGCAUUAUAUUUUGUUGGGAAAUAAAAACCUUGAAAUUUCUGUGAUCGAGUUCUAUUUGCCAUCAAUUUUGGCUCGGGUUUUAUUUUCAGGUUAUUGUCUUCAAUGGUUUCCAUGCAGGAAAUAGUUUUAACAGCAUUGCAGUAGAAUAUUUAGCUUUUUAAAAAAAUCAGAAUUAUUUAAGUUUGAUUUUGGACAGUGUCAAAAAGGACAUCUUAUCAGAGCUAUAAGUUGCUGUCUAUUGUUGCAAAUUAAAAUCACCAAAAAAGCUCAUUUCUUCUAUUUUAUGUUUCUCAGUGGAGUCGAUGGACUAC